AAUACAAGAAGCAUUGUUUUGACGCGACAUCAUGUAAUGUUGACGUGAUGAUUAACAAUUCAAAAUACUGAUAAAUGAAAUACCUUACAUUCUGAACUUGGACUAUAACAUAUCAAGAAACUGGAAAAGGUUACAACCAGAAAUACAUUUGUGCUGUCCUUGCGACACAGACGACGGCUGUCUCCCAGAGUGAGGCCCAGGCAGGAGCCGGCUGCAGCGGAGCGGGGCACCAUGAUGGAGGGGGGCAUGCAGCUGCUGAACCGCGACGGCCACAGCAUCUCGCACAACUCCAAGCGCCACUACCACGACUCGUUCUUGUCUAUGAACAGGAUGCGCCAGCGCAGCUUACUCUGCGACAUCGUGCUGCACGUCUCCAACAAGGAGAUUAAGGCACACAAGGUGGUGCUGGCAUCCUGCAGUCCCUACUUCCACGCCAUGUUUACAAAUGAGAUGUCGGAGAGUCGCCAGACCCACGUGACCCUGCAUGACAUUGACUCCCAGGCGUUGGAACAGCUGGUUCAGUAUGCCUACACGGCAGAAAUCGUGGUGGGGGAGGGAAACGUGCAGACCUUACUCCCUGCGGCCAGCCUGCUGCAGCUCAACGGGGUGAGGGACGCCUGCUGUAAGUUCCUCCUCAGCCAGCUGGACCCCUCUAACUGCCUGGGCAUCCGCGGCUUCGCAGACACGCACUCCUGCAGCGACCUGCUCAAGUCGGCGCACAAGUACGUCCUGCAGCACUUUGUGGAGGUGUCCAAGACCGAGGAGUUCACGCUGCUGCCACUGAAACAGGUAUUGGACCUGAUCUCCAGUGACAACCUGAACGUGCCGUCGGAAGAGGAGGUAUACCGGGCCGUGCUGAGCUGGGUCAAACACGACAUUGACGGGCGCAGGCAGCACGUUCCCUGGCUGAUGAAGUGUGUACGCCUGCCCCUACUGCGGAGGGAUUUCCUCAUGAGCAACGUGGACACGGAGCAGUUGGUGCGCCACCACUCGGAGUGCAAGGACCUGCUCAUCGAAGCCCUCAAGUACCACCUGAUGCCCGAGCAGAGGGGCGUGCUGAGCAACAGCCGCACCCGGCCUCGUCGCUGCGAGGGCGCCAGCCCCGUGCUCUUCGCCGUUGGUCAGUGUGCCCCAGAGGUUACCCACCAGGGUGGGGGCAGUCUGUUUGCCAUCCACGGCGACUGCGAGGCCUACGACACGCGGACAGACCGCUGGCACAUGGUGGCCUCUAUGUCCACCCGGCGGGCACGGGUGGGCGUGGCGGCCAUCGGAAACAAGCUGUACGCAGUGGGAGGGUAUGACGGUACCUCCGAUCUAGCGUCAGUGGAGUCCUACGACCCGGUCACCAACUCCUGGCAACCCGAGGUUUCCAUGGGGACGCGGCGGAGCUGUCUGGGUGUGGCGGUGUUGCACGGCCUCCUGUACGCGGCCGGCGGCUACGACGGAGCUUCCUGCCUCAACAGUGCAGAGCGGUACGACCCUCUGACCAGUACCUGGACCUCCAUCGCUGCCAUGAGCACCCGAAGGAGAUAUGUCCGUGUGGCCACUCUGGAUGGUAGUCUGUAUGCAGUAGGAGGGUAUGACAGUUCCUCACACCUAGCUACAGUGGAGAAAUAUGAACCACAGAGCAACGCGUGGACGGCCAUCGCCAACAUGCUGAGCCGGCGCAGCAGUGCCGGGGUGGCUGUGCUGGAGGGGAUGCUCUACGUUGCCGGGGGAAAUGACGGCACCAGCUGCCUGAACUCAGUGGAGCGGUUCAACCCCAAGACCAAUGCCUGGGAGGGCGUGGCGCCCAUGAACAUACGCAGAAGUACCCAUGACCUUGUGGCCAUGGACGGCUGGCUGUACGCAGUGGGCGGCAACGACGGCAGCUCCAGCCUCAACUCCAUUGAGAAGUACAACCCGCGCAGCAACAAGUGGGUGGCGGCCUCCUGCAUGUUCACGCGACGCAGCAGCGUGGGCGUGGCCGUCCUGGAGCUGCUCAACUUCCCGCCGCCCUCGUCGCCCACGCUCUCCGUGUCCUCCACCAGCCUUUGACACGGGGCUAGGCUCCGGCUGACCUCAGCCCCCGCCUCGGUCACCGCCGCCCCCGCACAGCCAGGCCCAAGCAAGAGACGUAAUUGCUCUGUGUGAAGG